AUGCCCGCAGCAUCGUCAAAAGCUGCAGCAGGCAAGGCAGGGCCAGCGAGGUCAGCUCGGACCACUUCGAGGGGUCCAUCGAGAUCCCAGCAAGUCAUUGAAAUCCUGGACGACUCGGACGAAAACACGGCUCCUCCUGUCAACAAGCAAUCUUCCAGACAUAUUGUGAAGCAGGAGAAGAUCGGAGUCAAGCGGGAGGAGGGUCUCGAUGACAUCGUAGCCGUCCUCGGAGGUAUAUCGCUUAAUAGUGCUGAACGGAAGGUCAAGGCGGAGCGAGCGGAUGCACCAGCAACACCCGCCAAGAAACUACUCAAUGGCGGCAGGAAAGGGCUCAUCGAUCUAUCCUACAACUCGCCAUUCCCUACACCGGCUCCCGGAGCCGCACAGGCCAAAGCGGCCAAUGGAUCGUCUCAAACUCCCCUGUUCCUCCCUGACGAUUCUCCCUCCGAGGGAGAUUCCGACUGGGCGCCCGCACCUGCAAAGAACGGCAAACCGAAACGUCGAGUCAUCCGAGAUCCCGACUCUGACUCGGACGACGAUGGUCCCCCUCAGCCGGCUGCCGUCACUAAACGCGCUACCCAUACCCAUCCUGAGCCACAAUCGCCAACAUCCGUCUCUUCCUCAUCUCCUCCGGCGCCCACACGUGUACCACGAGCCGGACCAUCAAAGAAGGCUAUAUACGGUGUCAACCGCUUCCUUGACCUCGAAGCGCGAGGAAGCGGAGGGAGGAGCGAUUCCGAAAGCGAGGAUGAGGAAAAGGAGAAGAAGUGGAUCAAGAAGUACUAUGAUGAGUCUCUGGGAAGUUUGAGGGACUUUAUCGUCGAUGAUGACUACGUCUCUGAAGUGGAAGACUCGGAGAGCGAAGAGUCGGCUUCAGAGGAGGAGGUCCCAAGGCGGAGGGCUAGAACGGUGGAUAAGGGGAAACGGGCGGCGGGAAAGGAGGUCAAGAAGGAGAAGCAAGCACCGACGGUAGCGGUCAAGAAGGAGGCGCCGUCUACAUCAAGACCCAUUAUCCGGACGAACGAAGUGAACGAGAUCGUCGACUCGGACUCCAGCGUCGUUCACUCCGACGCUGAGCACACCUCCCAGGAAAGUUCAGACAUUGAAGCGCUCCUACACUACUCCCCUCCGCCCAAUCGUCUCCUCACCCUUCCAGACCUCUCCAAGCUCGCCAUACAUACCGUCGACUCUGACUCGGAGCCCGAAAGACCAGCAACUCCGCCUCGACCGAAAUCUGCGCGAUUGCCUGUUCCGCCAACCCCGAAGACACCCGGCGGGAAGAAGCAGUGGGGUAUUGAUAGGGCUAGGAUCGCCCAGAAGAUCUUUGAUGAGCUGGAUCGCAAAGUCUUCGAGUCGAAGCUGGGCCCAAAGGGGGCGGGGACGAAGCUGGAGUGGAACAAUCGGUUGUUGACUACGGCUGGUCAGGCUCAUUCUAAGCGGAUACGAAAGCCAGACGGAAGCAGGACCGAGGAAGUCAAGAUCAUACUGUCAGAGAAGGUGUUGACAGGCGAGGAGCAGAUACUCAGUACAGUCGCUCAUGAGAUGUGCCAUGUCGCCAGCUGGCUCAUAAGUGACGAGCGGAAGAACCCGCACGGCAAGGUAUUCAAGACUUGGGGUCGCAAGGUGAUGAAGGCCCGACCAGAUAUCGAGGUCACGACCAAGCAUGAUUACCAGAUCGAGUACAAGUAUCAAUGGCAGUGUACAGAGGCGGGCUGUGACAAGAUAUACAAGCGGCACUCGAAGUCGAUCGAUAUCGAGAAGCAGGCCUGCGGACGAUGUCGCGGCAAGCUCGCGCCUUUGUUCGAGACAAAGAAGGAGACGGCUUUCCAGGCUUACCUGCGUCAGAACCUUUCCACGGCCAAGUCGUCCAUGCCGGGCUCGCCUCAUGGGGACGUCAUGCGCGCCCUCUCUAGCCAAUGGAGCACUGCGGGACCGGAAGCGGACCACAAGGCGCAUUGGAGCGCUAUGGCUUCGGCUGCGCGUUCUUGA